AGACAAGAAACAGCCAAGCUGGAGAGAAGUGGGUGAAGCGUUAGGUAUGCCAUUAGUGAAUAGCAUGAAAUCAGCCAGUGGGAUGUUGGAAACUUGGAGUCGAGACUUGAACGUUACCAUUGAUCAUCUAGUGGAAGUUUUGAAGAGGCCGGACAUUAACGGUACAGAUGCAUUGAUGGUUCUUGGACAUCAGCAUCACAUUACUGCCGAAAACAGCUUAAACUCACCUCCAGCAAAGCAAGGAAAAGAAGACGCAGCUUCACGAGAUGGUCGUUCUGUUCAUCAAAAGGCAACUGCCACGGAAUUGAGGGACCUUGCCAAAUCUCUGGAAACCGAUUGGGUUUCCAUUGCAGCAAGAUUGAAACCGGAACUCUUCUCAGUUAAAAAGAUCAAAGUAAUACAAGAUAAGCAUAAAAAUGAUGCCUAUCUUCAAGCUCGAGCCAUGCUAGAAGAUUGGAGUAACAGUCUGGCCGACAAAGGUACCCGUAAGUUGCUUAUCGAGGCACUUGUUAAAGAAGAACUUCGACUCCAAGCUAAUGAAGUCUUCAGCGAAAAUCUGGUGAAUCAAGUGUGUCCACAAGUGUAAAAUUUUGUGUCAGGAGAUGUGACAGCCCGAUUAUUUGUACACUGUGUUGUAGAUUGAAUUUCAAUACAAUAGACAAAACAUGUAGAUGUAAGUAAUUUUUAUAACGUACCUAUACAUUUGUGACUGAGAUUUGUUUGUGCAAGUCUU